AUGGACUAUACCAUGGAAGAUACCCAGAACUCGGCGCCCAACGCGCAUGAAACCUCCAAGCUGGGAGCUUCUUCUCAGCGGAAUGACACCCAAGGCGUAACCAAGCGUCUCCAGUCCGAAUUGAUGCAGCUCAUGGUCUCACCUUCUCCGGGAAUUUCAGCUUUCCCAGACGCCGAUGGCAAUCUCCUGUCUUGGACCGCUACGAUCACCGGUCCGUCAGAAACACCGUACGAGGGCCUUACAUUCAAGCUUUCCUUCUCCUUCCCAAACAACUACCCAUACUCGCCACCUACCGUUCUCUUCAAGACCCCGAUCUAUCAUCCGAACGUCGACUUCUCAGGGCGCAUCUGCUUGGACAUCCUUAGGGACAAGUGGAGCGCCGUGUACAAUGUGCAAAAUGUCCUACUGAGUCUGCAGAGUCUCCUCGGCGAACCAAACAAUGCAAGCCCGCUGAACGCUCAGGCUGCAGAGCUCUGGGACACCAACCAGGAGGAAUACAAGCGCCAUGUCCUAGCGAGACAUCGCGACAUUGAGGAUAUCGAAUAA